AUGGCGAUGUCGAUGGUCCGAUCUGCUGCCCUUCGAACCGCCCUGCGCAGUGGCUCUCGAUCCUCUGCUACUCCAAAGCGUUCCUUCUCCUCCUCCGCUGUUCACGACGAUGCUCAUGAAACGGCCAAGUGGGAGAAGAUUACUUACUUAGGCAUUGCUUCAUGCACAAUUUUCGCGUUUGUUGUCCUGUCAAAGCCUCAUCCUCACUACGAUGAGCCUCCUCCGUACCCAUAUUUACACAUCCGCAAUAAGGAGUUCCCAUGGGAGUGUUCCAGCAUAUUUAUUGUCGAUGAUGGAUUCGAUCUUAGCCAUUAUUUUGGUUCUCAUUAA